UAAGCUGCCGAUGAGUUAUGCGUAAACCCGAGUUGUUAAAAAAAUUUCAAGGUUGACCUUUCUGUGAAAUUCGUAUACGGAUAAUCAACGCUUUUACCAUGGUGUCUUCCCGGCAAUUUUUAACGGCAGCAUACUGUACAGUUAAUUGUCUGGAUUUUGACUAAGCGCUGCCGCCCGUUGUGGUUAGCGUUCUGUUAACCGCAUCCCUUGUUCCCGUUAACGUACCGACACUAGUAAACAUGGCACAGCGUAAUGGUUAUUUACAUGCGCAGCCGAUCGAUAGCAGCGACCAGCGCGCGCUACUUUAUCGAUCGCUCCGUGCCGGCGCAUAUCUACACCAUAUACAGUAACGGCCGGCUGCGCGAUGCCGUCCAGAUUGUGCCCCUCCCUCUUCCGCCGCGCCGGCAAUCUGGAUGUACGCGUUCUCCCCUACACUAGCCAGCUGUUCCUCUUCCUCUCUCCCUGCACUGACAGAAUCACCGUUCGUCUGCUUGCAACGGGAUUCCGGCGCAGUGUUUCAGUGUUUCUUAACGCUGCCAUAUAUAUCCGUUAUAUGGAUAUAGCGUACCACGUUAUCCUUCCUUUCUUCCCGGAUUCCUUAUUAUACGAUUGAGCAACCCGUUUGGUAAGAAAGACAGUUUUGUGCUGAUAGUGCUGUGCGUGGAUAACACAAGAAUAAGGUAGAAAAAUCAGCAAGGAUUUAAAUCGCUUCUAAAUCCGUCUUUUUCCGCCGUUUUACCGUUUUAUUGGGAUAUCUCGUGAUUCGCUGGCGGCGAAGGAAGUCUCAUCGUUUAAAUCGGACGUCAGUUUGCCGGUCUUCCGUGCAAAAGGAGACGACGACGGACGGCCAUGACGACAGCUCGUCAGGCCGCCAUAUCCACUGCUUUUGGACGAAUUAGCUUCAAUAUGCGCCGAUCCGAACCCGACUCCCGUCCCGGCUCCGCACCGGGGCCCAGCUCCAGCUCCGCCGCCGUCCUGCAUCCGCUCUUCAGCGCCGCGGCUGCGGCGGCCGCCGCUGUGGAUGCCGCUAAUGCGGCCGCCGCACCGCCGCCGCCGGCCGGCACCAAACGCCGGCAUCCCUCGCGCAGCUCCUCCUCCUCCUCGCACUCCUCCAGCUCCACCUCCAGCUCCUCCUCCAACUCCACCAGCAACUCCAGCACGCGCCGGAGACGCGCGGGACGACUACCGGAUGUCAUACCCAGUGGAUUUCAUCCCGCUAACAGAAAAGGAAAAGAUGAUGGGGAGCAGCAAAGGUCACGUUGGAACAGCGACGAUGACGCUGAUAGCGAAGUGUCGCGACAGCGCGAAAGGUCAGCCUCGAUGAGCCGCAGUCCCAGCAGCGAGGCGGCCUCGCCGCUCCGCCCGUCCUCAUCCCAGCGGCAUUCCAGCACCAGCAGCGAGCAGCAGCGCUCCGGUCAGCGGUCCAAACGCGGCCGCAGCCACUCGGGCGAGUCCAGCCCGGAUUUUCGCAACCGUCGACGAAUAACCAGCUCAAGGAAGAAGCCGGUGCCGAUCCGGAAGCAGCGCGCCGGCAGCAGCAGCAGCAGCGUCUCCCCGUCGGCAUCCUCCCGCAGCCCGUCCGGCAGCUCCGUCGCCGGUGGCGCCCCCUGAAACGGCGCGCCCGCGGCUGGUCCACCACGUCGUCCUCAUCGGCCGAUUCGCGCCGCUAACCGACGAUCCUCGCAUGCUUUCGCUCUUUUUACAUUUUUAUUCAAUUUGUGAUGACACCGCAAACACUUCCGGUCAAAACCGGCGUUGAAUUUCUAUGUGCACCGCUUGCGCUUUUUUGCACGAUUUUUAUUAUUAUUUUAUCGGUGGUGCGUGAGCAAAUAGAGAAGCAGGAGAUUAUGCGUGCGCCGCCGCUGCUCCAGCAUGUGCAGGUAGCCGGGCGGCGGCCCGGAGGCGGGCGGCUCUUCGGCCAGCCGGUAGAAAUCCGGGGAGUAGGCGGAGCCACCGUAUGCCGGGCGGGUGUCGUAGUCUUUGGGCUGCCGCAGCGCCGGACCGUACGCGGGCGGCGGCGGUGGUCGGUGAUAUUCGUCGUUGCGGGUGUAGCGCGGCGCCGGCGGCCGGUAAUUCGGGUAAUUGUUGCGCGGGCCGUCGCUUCGGUCGAAUGUUAUCGGCAGACUUUUUCUGUAGAAAAAUAAAAAAAAUUAGUAAAAUUGUUAUGGAAGUAUUUAUCAAUA